AAAUAUCUGUCAUGGUGCCGAGUUCUGACUUGUAUUUUGUUAUUAAAAAUUGUAUUUUGAAAAUUUUCACCUACUAAUAUUAUUAAUUUAAUAUUUUUUUACAUAAUAUGUAUAUCUACAGAUUAUAUUAUUAAAGAUACUAACGAAUAAGUGUGAUAUGGCUAUAGUGAAAACCCCAGUUUUAAAAGUAAUCUUGUGUGGUGAAUAUGGAGUAGGCAAAAGCUCAAUUUUCCGAAGGUUUAUUAAUAAUACUUUUGUUCAUAAUUGUGACCGUAGGUCCACAUUAGGACUGGAUCACUUUGAGAAAACGUAUCAAAUCGGUGACAAAGAAGUCAAGUUACAACUAUGGGAUACUGGUGGAAUGGAGAGAAUUGCAUCUGUAACCUCAAGCUAUUAUAAAUUUGCAGAAGCAGCAGUAUUAGUGUUUUCUUUGGACAAUAUUUCGUCAUUCCAUGUACUUAGCCAACAUUUAUUGGAUAUAGUUACUUAUGCAGAAAACGCGAAAAUCUUUUUGUGUGGUAAUAAGUCUGAUCUGGAAGGUACUUCACCUCAAGUAACAGAUGCUGAUAUUGAGACUUUUUGUGAACAAUGUCAUAAUCUGAUAAGCACCACUUACAAGGUAUCAUGUAAAUCGGGAAAGGGGCUUGAAGAAAUGUUCCAUGAUAUUGCUUUACAGCUUGUUGAAUGUAACAGAUCUAGAAUAGAGCUGCAAGCAUUAGAUCAUAAUAGCUUUAAGAUAUCUCCCCCUGCGGAACCCGAAGAACCACCUUGCAGCUGUUGACCUACUUAUAUUUAUAUCUUGAAUAUUAUACUGAAUCUCAUGUACUUUUUUUUAGUGCUUUGUGUCAAAGUGUUAAUAUUAUCUUUGAAUGUAUAGCUUUAUCUAAUUAUUGUUAUUUAUGUGCCUUUGUUAUGUUACCAAUUAAAACAUGGUCCCACUCUUUUGCAAAAAAAUAAAAUAGUUGGGAAAGCAGCAAACAUAUACAUACAUUUUAGACAUUGAAUAAUUGGAACAUUAUUUUUUAUGGAAUAGGAGGCCAAAUUAUCUUACAACACCAUCACAGGAGUGUUGCCUGCCUUUUAAAAAUGUACACACUUUGAAUUCCCAAGAAUAGUCUUUAAUUAAUUUAAACAAAUGAUAAUGCAUGUACUAUGUAGAUUAAGGCCAGUUCUUUUUUAUAUAUUUAUUAUUUAUAAAUUAUUUCAAUAUUAUAAUAUGUAUAAACAAAAUGAGAGUCAUGUAUUAAUCAUAUGACAAUUGUUUGUAUUAUUUCUUAAUUAUAAAAUUUGUUGUACAUACCUAUUAUAGUAUAAUGUAGAUAACUCUUUAAAAAAUUACAUCUUUCUUAACCUGUAUCUAAAGUCUAGAUGGCAUUUAUAUGUAUUUUAUAAUCAGUGCAAUGUAUUAUGAAUGAACAAUGUAUUAAAAUAUCUAAUAUCAUAAUAUGAGUUGAGCCUGUAUUUUAUGUUCUGACAGUACAGAGGGUUUUUUUAUGCAUUAGAGAGGCAGCUUCUGCACUUGGUGCUUCAUAAAGGCACGACAUCACUCCGAACGGCUCCUGAACUCUCAAAAAUCCACUUGUGAAUGUCAAAACGAUCGAACCUCUUCGCGCGGCUCAUCCGGUCGGUGCAGCAUGCUCGUGAGUGUGAAAACCAGGCGGUACAACGCGGCAUGCCAUCGCGCCGAGCCGUUUGUCCCGCUCGUGAAUGAGAAAACCCGCGCGCCACAUGUCUUGUACCACUUCGAGUUGUUGGAUAAUACGCACGGUUGCACACUGCAUCAUCAGAGUGUAUUAUAUUCUUUGCUGCAUAGUGAUGAGUAAUCGGGAAUUCGUAAUUAAGUUUAUUUCGAAAUUUAGGGAAUUACAUUGUUUGUCGCAAAAUGUUGUUCUGUAUAUAAUAAAUUAAAUGUCUUUUAUGAAUUUCUCAAUAAUAUAUCAUAACAUCAAGAAUUAUUUCGUAAAAUAUGCACCUUGUUGGUCUAAUGAAAAUUGGAAAUAAAAAUAAUUGUUUGAACGAAAUCUGGCCGUAUAAAGUGGAUAAAAUUUGCGCCCAAAUGAGUCGAUUACAAACAAACUUAAGAUUUAUCAAUCUACAUAAAUAAUAUUAUCUAUCUAAUAUUAUAAUCUGAUAUAGUUAACAACUGUAGUAAAUCUACCAAUUAUAGUUAGUUAAGAUUUAGUUUAAGUUAAUUUUGACCUCCUAAGAAAGUUAGAAAGAAAUGUAAAAAUUCUAA